AUGGAUCCGGAGAUACGAAGCCGCAGUUCGAAGCGAACCUCUACAGCGUGUGAGCCUUGUCGGGCGGCCAAAGUCAGAUGCCAGGCCAGUGACCAGCCCGGGGUGUGUGAAAGAUGUCUCGCCGUGAAAAGGGAGUGCAUCUCCCGUACUAGGCCACGGCCUCGCCGAUGGGAACGCAAAUGGGGAACGAGAGAUAGUGGACACUCACCGCAGUCACCCAGCCAUCGUGGCACCUUUAGCAUAAACUAUACCGUGCCAGUCCAAGCAGAUCUCAGUGAUAGCUUCGAAACCCUGCGGGAGAUGCAUGAUCAGGCUCUUGAUGCCCUACUCAGUGAGGAAGAUCCUCUUGAUCACUCGCAAAGUGCAAGCCAAUCAGCCAAGCUCUCAAGCCCCUCAAUCUUUCCCGGCGACUCUCCUAUCUCCUAUCUCGCUUCUACAAAGCCUUUCACUCUGCUUUCUAUCUUGACCGUAGCUUCGGGUUCGAAGAUGGUGCAGAAACACGCAUUAUAUGAUGAUGAGUUUCGAAAAGCCCUAGGUCUGAAGUAUGUGUCUGGUGGGGAGAAAAGUCUCGAGCUCCUCCAGGGGCUUUUGAUAUACUGCGCAUGGUAUCCUUUUCACUUGCGGCCCAAAACUGGACAGCUGGUUCACUUCCUGCGAAUCGCCGCUGAUCUUAUUCACGACCUUCAUUUGGACGAAGACUUCCUCACAAUUCCUGAUCAAGUGACAGACGAUGAACUUGACAAGAUCCGAACAUAUCUCGCCUAUCUAUAUCUUGUUUCUACGUACGUCGUUGUAUGGAGAGGGGAGAGAGAUUUACCCACCAAUUGCCCCCCCUGGGCCAGGAACGCCAUCGACAUCCUUCAGCACAACGCCCGAGUCGACGGCGACAACACGCUCGUAGCUCUAGUCCGCCUAUCAAGUCUCUUUUUCGAUGCUGCCAAGGCUAUCAAUGACAGAGACGUACUAACCGUGCAAAAUAGUCGACUGAUUUUGAUUGGCCUUGAACAACAAUAUCAGGAAUUGCGGCAUAGCAUGAACCAUCUGAUCAUGGGAAUCGGACCGAUACGAAUGCAGGCGAUGUUUGUUGAUGUAUUCCUUGACUGCGGUAGCUUACUCGCCUUCCCCGUGGCGGAGACCUACUUGUCUGCUAAAACAACUUCCUUUCCUCCACCAUUGUCCAAGAUCUUCAGUGCUACGAAGAAGAUAAGAGCUUUGCUGGACUAUGUAGGUGGACUAGAAGAUUCGUCGCUCCUUUCAUUUACAAUCAACGACUGGACUCGGCUCAUUAUGGUUCUUACACUAUCGUUCCGCUUAUCUUUCCCGCUCUCGCUAUAUCCUGAUUUAGAUUCGGCCUGUGCCCGCUCCGAACUUCAAUUGGAUCGAUUCCUAUCUAAAAUGUCGCAUGGGGCAGAUGACACGGCUUCAAACGAUCUCCUGUCCGCUAGUCGCGCCUUGCUAGGCCUUGCUAAGUCGAAAUACGACCGUCGGGUGGGAUCACUUGGAAAACUACCAUUCGUCGCCUCACCGAGCAGGGUUUUUGGAUGCCCUGUGAUGAACGGAAGCUUGAGAACAUCCGUGGGGCAAUGGGAACAAAGCUUCACGGAUUCAUCAGACGCAGGUGAUCCGAAGAAUCUUACCAUAUUUCACGAUGUAUGGGCAACGAUGACUGCAGGAUGGGGAAACGGCCGAGACAUACCUUGGGACCCUACCUGA